GUGCCGGCCCUGGGAGGUGGAGUCUGGGCGGUGGCGGCGGCAGCCGUUGCCAGGAUCCCGCGUUGCCGCCGGAGACCCGUAAUAUGGCGGGGAGGAGGAGGCGGCGGCGGCGGUGGACGGAGCUACUCUCUGUCGGUACCAGUUGAGCCGUUUGCUUCCUGACAAGGCCGGUGGUGAGCGGAGGAAGGCUGACGCGGCCGUGGGAGAUCGGGAACCAAGCACUAUCACUGCCCUCCAGGAGUUCAUAAUCUAGUGAUAAAAAUCAUCACCACCAUCAUCAUCAUCAUCAUCAUCAUCAUCUGCAAAAUAAAAGCAGCCCCCAUUUAUUGAUGCUUUCUGCAUGUCCUGCAGUACACUAAUUGCCAUACGUGUAUUAGGUCAUUGAAUCCUCAGAGAAUCUCUUUGAGACAGAUGAGAUUGUCCCUGUUUUACAGAUGAGGAGACUGAGGCGUAGAGAUGUUCUUUCCUCAAGUGCUCCUGAGUGCCGAUGCUGUUCUGUGUAAUGGGGGUUCAGUGGUGAGCGAGACUGAGAAAGUACCUGUGCUUAUGGAGCUUACGUUUUGGUGGAGGAAGACAGACAAAAACCAAGGAAAUAAACAAGAUAAUUUCAGAUAGUGUGCGGUGGUGGGAAGAUGGAGGAAUAUGAGGAGUUCCGUGAGAAAAGUCUCGCCAGAAUCCAAGAAGCAUCACUAUCCACAGAGAGCUUUCUUCCUGUUCAGUCUGAAAGCAUCUCACUUAUCCGCUUCCAUGGAGUGGCCGUGCUGUCUCCACUGCUUAACAUUGAGAAAAGAAAGGAAAUGCAGCAAGAAAAGCAGAAAGCGCUUGAAGUGGAAGCGAGAAAGCAGGUUAACAGGAAGAACGCUUUACUGACUCGAGUCCAGGAGAUUAUUGAAAAUGUUCAGGUUAGAAAAGCACCUAACACCAGUGAUUUCGAUCAGUGGGAGACUGAAACAGUUUACUCCAAUUCAGAAGUCAGAACCCUGGAUGUCCCCGCCACAUUUCCUAACGUCUUGCCAAGCCCUUCCGAACACUCUACUUUCGCAGAGUUUGAAAAGUUAAUUGGAAUUUUGCCACUGGAUACUGAGGACCAAUUUAAAUCUAAUGGGAUAGACCUAACGAGGGACUCAGAAGAAUUUAAUUCUCUGAAGCAAUGUGACAGUUCAAAUAUGAGCCACAUGGCAAAUGAAGCUUCUCUAAAGUCCUCCUCAGCAGCUGCCGAGGAGACUCUUAUUUCUGAUGGUCUCUUCCCACAAAGUGAAAAACAGGAUCCGUCACUUUUAGAAGAAGUUACUUCAGAUCCCUACAUAAUGAGUCUUCAGAACCUGAUGAAAAAGUCAAAGGAAUAUAUAGAAAGAGAACAUUCUAGACGCAGUCUGAGAAGUAGUGCGAAGAGGAGUGUUAACGAGAGUCAUUCAGACAAAGAAAACGAUGCUGGUCGAGUGACGGCGGCGUGUGUGAAGGAGGAGGCCCCGCCGACGGGCAGACCCUGCGGUCCAGUCAUUCCUGACAAACCAAGCCUUAACAAGUCCAAUGUUCUUCUCCAAGGUGCUUCCACUCAAGCAAGCAGCACGAACACAGUGGUUUUAGGUAGCUUUUCUAACGUGGACAUUCCUGCAGGUACUGGCUAUCCCACUGUUUCAGAUCCUGAUUCUGAUUUUAAAGUCAUUCCCACUUUUGUUACUGAAAACAAUGUGAUCAAAAGUCUUACCAAUUCAUAUGCCAAAUUACCUAGUCCAGAGCCAAGCCUGAGUCCUAAAAUGCAUCGAAGGCGUUCUAGGCCGUCAUCAGCAUGUCAUAUACUUAUAAAUAACCCAGUAAAUGCCUGUGAAUUAAGUCCUAAGGGAAAAGAACAAGCAGUAGACUUAGCCGUUCAAGAUGCUGAUGAAGAAACAAAUGUCUCUGAAACUGUGCCAAAGUUACCAAUUGAUUUAACAAGAGUUUGUUCAAGCAAGGUUUAUGUCGGCAAGAAUACAUCCGAAGCCAUACAGGAAAUGGUUUUAGGUAAAUCAAAUCAGGUAUGUCAGUCUUCAGGAAAUCAAUUAGAAAAGGAAGUUAUUCAUGGCCUUGCUGUGGUGGAAGGCCAGUUACCAUCUGAUGCGGGAGGACCACACACACUGGACGGUCGGUGUAGUACAGUGCCAAGGUCACAUGAGCCGUGUGCCACCGGUCCGUGUGUAGCGACUCAAAACUUCGGAACCCUGAGUGGACUCAAGUCAGCCAGCAUGUCAGAGAAAAACUGCAGUUUACAAAUGGAACUGAAUAAGUCUUAUGAUGUAAAAAACCCGUCUCCCUUACUGAUGCAGAAUCCGAAUACUGGCGAGCAGAUGGACACCCCUACGGUGUCCUGUGGGAAUGAGCGGUUUUUGGAUAACAGUUUCGAAAAAGUUAAACGGAGACUCGAUUUAGACAUUGAUGGUCUGCAAAAAGAAAACUGCCCUUAUGUCACGAGGGCUGUGGUAGGUGACCAGGAGAGGCAACCUUUGCCAGAAAGAAGAUACCCCGUAGGAUCCGUCUGCAUCAGCAAGAAUCACUUUUUAGAAAGUAGUUCCAAAGAAGGGGAGGAGAUGUUAAAAAGCAAGAUGUUAGCUUUUGAAGAAAUGCGGAAGAGGCUGGAGGAGCAUCACGCCCAGCAGCUCUCGCAGCUCGUAGCUGAGCAGGAGAGGGAGCAGGAGCAGCUGCAGAAGGAAAUAGAAGAGCAGGAGAAAACGUUCAAAGAGAAGAAGCUGAUGGCAGCAGAAGCCUCCGAGCUGGGUCUCACCAGUGCGAUGGGCUUGGAGUGGAGACGAGUGAGCGGCUCCGGCGUGCUGGAGACAGUGCUGUCUCACGUAGACUCGCUCCAGGCUUCACAUUCUCAUGGGUCUGGUUUCACAAAUUCUGCCCUACAACACAGCUUUGGUUCUAUAAAUGAAGCACCGUUCUACCUCUGGGGAUCAUCAGCUAGUGGCCUGACCAAACUCUCAGUAACAAGGCCUUUUGGAAGGGCCAUAACUAAGUGGUCUCAGGUUUUCAGUCCGGAAAUACAAACAAAAUUUAAUAAAGUAACGGCUGUGGCAAAAGGUUUUCUUACUCGUAGGCUUAUGCAGACAGAUAAACUGAAGCAACUUCGACAAACUGUAAAAGACACUAUGGAAUUCAUAAGAAGUUUUCAGUCAGAAGCACCAUUAAAGAGAGGGGUCGUUUCGGCACAAGAUGCUUCUCUUCAGGAGAGAGUGUUGGCUCAGUUGCGAGCUGCCCUGUAUGGAAUUCACGACAUAUUCUUUGUCAUGGACGCAGCUGAAAGAAUGUCUAUUCUACGCCAGGAUCGAGAAGCUCGCAAAGAGAAAAUGCUCAGGCAAAUGGAUAAAAUGAAAAGUCCACGAGUGGCGCUUUCAGCUGCGACACAGAAGUCUCUUGAUAGGAAGAAGUACAUGAAAGCCGCUGAAAUGGGAAUGCCAAAUAAGAAAUUCCUGGUUAAACAAAAUCCUUUGGAGGCAAGAGUCCUUCAGCCAAACCAAGGCCAGAAUGCCCCUGUUCAUAGGCUGCUUAGUAGACAAGGAACCCCUAAGACAUCAGUGAAGGGGGUUGUGCAGGAUAGACAGACGUCCUCACGGAGCAGAGCGCCUAGCAGAGCGCCUGUGUCAGGAGUAUAUGCAGGAAAAAUCCAAAGAAAGCGGCCAAAUGUUGCGACAAUCUAAGAAGACAACAUUCAUUAGGAUAAAAAGGGGUGAGGGUUUCACCCAUGUCAUUGUCCCUGCCCAAGGCCUUUUACUUAACCCUGGACUCUGUUUACACAGACCAAGUGACGUCGAAGGGCUGAGCAGUUAUUUGGACAAUUUGAUCAAAUCUGGCUAAUUCCUUCCCUGGACCCCCGUUUCCUUAAUAUUAGGUUUGGGUGAAAACAUAUUAAUAUUUAGUUAAUAUCUGUACAAACACAAGUUUGCUUUAGGGACCCAGAUGUCUGCCGAGAACCUUUUUGUAAACUUAAGAGGACAUUUGGGUUUAUUUCUAUAAAAUAUUGAAAAACUGUGAUAAAAUACAGGUUCCGAAAUAUAAAUUUUAUCCAUCUCUGCAUAUGGUUGCUGAGUGCGAUACCCGAAUCCGGUGCUGCUCUGUCAAGGGGACGUUGUCACAGAAGACUGUUCCCCAGGCUUGGUAAGGACUCUGACGCAUCUCUCGGUCUUCACGUUCUUGGACCUGCAGGAUAACCACAGAGGACAAAGCAGUCGCCUGCGGACUGCAGGCCACCUGACUUUUACCACAGGAGUGGCUGGGGUCACCAUUUUGGUCACAAGUCCAUAUUUGUCUCAACAGCCAGUCGUCUUACAGAAAUGUUAGACUUGGUGUGUGCUGCCCCAGCACUCAGAAACAUUCCCGCUCAGCUAUGAAACCUUUCUGCGGAGGGCGGCGGCUCGGUGACGCCAGCACGGCCGUUUGACCGCAGUGGCGCUUAGGCAUGCCUUAUCAUACGCCCAUUUCCGUAGCAUAGAAUGACAUGCCGCAUGCAGUUUAUUUUCUGUCUAGUCUGUACUCUGUCGCUUCACAGUCUGCUUUUUAUAGCAUGCUUGAUUUAGGAGAGAAUAAAGGGCUAUAUAAUAAGUUCAGAUUUUCAAAUGGGGUGUAAUAUUGUCCAGUUGAAAUUCCGCAUUCCUGAAGAGGCACUGAUUUUUAAAGUUUUUCAUCACUAACAUUCAUUUAAAAUGUAAACCAAAAAAAGUUACCGAGGGAACGUGACGUUCUGAAAGAGAAAGUCCCUGCCGAUUUGUUGUACGAUUUCCAAAAAGGGCGUCGUGCUUCUCACGGGAAAUCGGGACUGUGUGCGCUUGAUCUUUCUGACUCGAAUUCUAAAGAGAUACUGGUACUUUGAAAAUGCAGACUAUCCAUGUUCUUAAUAUCCUUUUAAGAAUGUGGAGAUAAAGAUUGUUUGAUUUUCUGUUCUAUUUAAAAUUUAACUUUCACAUCCAGCUGUAGACAGUAUUGGGUGUGAACUCAAUUUUCUUUAUUGGGAUGUAUCAUUUAUUGAAUGAAUGAACCAGGAAAUCAGAAGAUAGUCAAAACUGUCUGAGUUACCAGUUAUUUGUAGGCAAAGUGUAUCAGCUUAUCUUCUUAGUGUGAUACAUUGUGCUUUAUCAUUCUGAAAACUCAGGAUACAGCUUACGCAUGUCCUCGUAGGUCUCUGCAGUGAGGUAGAUACUAAAAGUUGUGUGCACACCAGUGUAAAUUAGUGCAAACAAAUGGUAUGUUUCGGAGAAAGUUAAAACUAGUUUGAAAUGAAGGAUGAGAAACUUGAGUGUUUUUUUCAUUUAAAGAUAAGAGCUUGUGUGUUUUACACAUUUUUUAAUGUUCACAGCUUUUUCUCAUAAAAGUGCCAGACAUUAUUUUAUGCUUUUAAUGGAUUUUUAUUUAUUUUUUUGUUAUUUUUUACUUUGAAGUGGAAUGUCCAUUAAUGUAAAU